CGUGUUAUACACCAUGCUCACAAUGGUAAGAUCAAAUUUAGGCGCCUGCCAUGAGCUAACGAGAGAGAUCAUCAUCGUCGUCAUCAUCACCUAACUACGCUCCCUCGCGAUCGCUCUCGAAUGGAAUAUGCCAAGAUGAUGCGUCCUUCUCCGAGGAAGGUUCUUUGUGUUGUAAUGUAUUUUGCAUCGGCUGCCUUCAUCUGUCUCAUCACGCGAGAGUUUUAUCUCCAUUUUGACUACGAGAGGGUCGUCUUCCCAGUGGCAAAGCCCCUGGUCUGUAAUCAUACCAGGUCUAUACAUCGAAAUGGACCAGGUGGCUCACGACCGCCAGGGACAGAGAGCAAAACGGAAAUAUCAGAUGUUUUUAUUGGAGUGAAAACAACUCGGAAAUAUCACAGCAGUAGGCUGCAACUCAUCUUAGAUACAUGGUAUUCAUUGGCUCCCGAAGAGAUCUAUUUUUUCACCGAUGUAGAUGAUUCAGAAUUACAAGAAAAAACUAAUGGUCAUAUGGUCAACACAGGAUGUGGACAAGGAUAUGCAAUGUUGACCCUAUGCUGUAAAUUGUCAAUUAUAAUCAGUAUGUUCCAUGAAACCAGUAAAAGAUGCAAAUGGACAGAGAGAGUUUGCCAUUGA